GUUGCCUCCAAAAUCAACCUCCCCUCCCUCAUUUCCAUCAGGCUAAAUCUGUCUCUCUCUCUCGCUCACAUUUCUCCUAACUCAAACGCUGCGUGAUCUGAUCUCUUCUGUUCAUAAUCCUGUGAUCAAGCAGAAGUUCGAAAAUGGCGAUCAAGGUGUCGAAGACGGAGAAGAAGGUGCAGUACGACAAGAAGCUGUGCCGGCUGCUGGACGAGUACUCGCAGAUCCUGAUCGUGGAGGCCGACAACGUCGGGUCGAAGCAGCUCCAGGACAUUCGGAAAGGGCUGCGCGGCGACUCCGUCGUGCUGAUGGGGAAGAACACCAUGAUGAAGCGAUCCAUCCGCCUCCACGCCGAGGCCACGGGAAACGACAGCUUCUCCAAGCUCGUCCCUCUCCUCGUGGGGAACGUGGGAUUGAUUUUCACCAAGGGUGACCUCAAGGAGGUUAAAGAGGAGAUCGCCAAAUACAAGGUGGGAGCUCCGGCUCGCGUGGGUCUGAUCGCCCCAAUUGACGUCACUGUCCCUCCAGGCAACACCGGGCUUGACCCCUCUCAGACUUCCUUCUUUCAGGUGCUGAACAUCCCGACCAAGAUCAACAAAGGCACGGUGGAGAUAACGAUGUCGGUGGAGCUGAUCAAGAAGGGCGAGAAGGUGGGAUCGUCCGAAUCCGCGCUUCUCUCGAAGCUCGGCAUCCGUCCUUUUUCCUACGGCCUCAUCGUCACCUCCGUCUACGACGACGGCAGCGUCUUCAGCCCCGAGGUGCUCGACCUCACCGAAGACGACGUCGCUCUGAAGUUCGCUUCCGGGGUCACCAACCUCACUUCGCUCUCGCUGGCCGUCUCGUAUCCGAGUCUCGCCGCCGCGCCGGCCAUGUUCGCUGCUUCGUACAGGAACGUGCUCUCCGUUGCCGUCGAAACCGAGUAUAGCUUCCCCCAAGCCGAGGACGUCAAGGAGUACUUGAAGGAUCCAAGCAAGUUUGCAGCUGCAAUGGCGGCUCCGGCAGCAGCGGCAGCUCCUAGCGGUGGAGGAGCUGCGGCCGGUGGAGGGGGAGCUAAGGAGGAGAAGAAGCCUGAACCAGAAGAUGAUUCGGACGACGAUGUCGGCAUGGGUGGCCUUUUUGAUUGAGCUGCAUUGCAUGGUAACCACUUUGCUUUGGUAGUUAGUUCAGGAAUUGCUAGCUUGUAGCUAGUGCCUGUUUUUGGUCUUUGUUUGCUUUCCCUCAUUUCCCUUUCUCUAUUUGAACUCCAUAGGCGAUUUUGGCUCUUCUGUCAAAGUUGUGCAGUAGAAUUGGCACUUCUACUGCAGACAGUUCCUAAAGAAACGAACUCCCUGUCAACACCAAUCAAGCAUAUCAUUCAUCCAUUAGCAAUAAUUCACUAGCAGAAACAGAGUUGAUAGUUUUGGCUUUGGUUAAGGAAGAACAUACACACCUGCAAUGCGAAGUUGAUGUCAGCUUCAUCUACUGUUAAUGUCACCCUCUUCAGUUUAUCGUCACCGCGAGACUGUCCUAGUUUCACUAGUCCCUGUAGUAAUAAAGAGUAAAAAUUCUGGUCACUGGUUUUGAUGAGAAAAAAGGCUGGGAAUGAAAGUUGUGUUAAUGGAUGUGUUAUGUUACUUGCCUGGUCAUUCAGCACUCUGCACAUACUCAGAAACUCAGAAAUUCCGACUGGUG